AGCCUCAUGCAAUCAGGCUGACUAAAACUUGAGAUGGCAAAACCAGGUUAUCAAUGUGAUUUCACCCUCACAAUGUGAGCUAAUAUUCAAUAUAACUGUGCGAAUAAGUAACUUACUUCAGCCUCGAACUGGGAAUAACUAACUUCAGCCUAGUAAUGUCGCUUAUGCUGUCAACCAAAAUAAUGAACUAACAUCUAAAUUGACACGCGCUUUUUAGUUACAGUAGCAUCGAAAUGAGAUCUACUUAAACGGUCAUUUUAGUUUACAUAUUUUUAACAAACAAAAGGAUAAACGCGGACAAAAACACACACACACACACACACACACACACAAAACGAGAAGAGAGUGCACAUGUACUGAGUGUGUUAACACAUCAUUGUGGAACACAACAACGUUUUUUGUUUUUUUUUUAUUAUGUCCACUUCGCCUUUGAUAAGAUCCUGUAAGAAGUCGCAAAAGCCUGCCUGCAAACACCUCCUUUCUAGUACAGCACACUCCCACAUGCCUUGUGAGUACCACACACAUCCCAACGCUGGAAAGAAAGAAAGAAAGAGACCCCUUCUAGGAUUGGUGAUUUUUUAAAUAUAUGCAUUACAGCUGAACCAUGCUCAAGAUGAUUGGAUCACGACUGAGUCAGUUAAAACGCUUCCUUGUGUGAAUGUUGUGUCUGAAAAUCACUGCGGUGUUACUGUUUCUGAUCCAAACAUACAUAGAACCCUCAGCUCUCUGUUAGUCAGAGUAAAUGGUCAGUUAACGUGGAGAAACAAACGCGUAAAGGAAAUACAAAAUGAAACAUCGCUACGUUUUCAACACCCUGUACCUUGAUAUAUAUAUCAAGGCUUUUGUUAAGUGAAAAGCAAAGGCGGUGCAAAUAACACUCGUUGUUGAGUUGAAAAUGCGGUAAACUAUGAAAAAAAGCGUGGUGUGAGAGAAGGAAGAUGGGUUGUGAACCAAGGUUUCUAUCUGGGUCUACAACGGAAAAAGUAAAUGGUUCCUGCAGAAUUUGACAGUUUUGCGGGACACUUGUUAAAUCAGACUUGAGUGAUCUUCCUGUGGGCAUCAGACAAUUAACUCCAACGCGACAAAAUACAAAGGAGGAAAGAGAAAAGGCACGUGAACCGAAAACAUUGAUCGACCAAGCUGAGAAAAUAUGUUGCAGAUUUAGAAGCUCUUUUUUUUUUUUUUUUACUGUGCUUCGACGUCUUUGGCGUUUUGUUUCUUGACUUCUACAAGUAACUUGUGGUUACACAGAGUGCACAUUCGUCUUUACCGCUCUUAAAACGUUAACUUACAUUACAGUACAGACUGCGAAUGCGUAAAACCGCUGAAACAAUGGGACGGAUCUGAAUUCUGGGAACAAACAGGGAAACAUUAGAAAAGAGGGAGACCCACAGAAAUACCAUUGGCAACCAAUGAACUGUCAGCCUCCAAAUGGCGGGACUCCUACUCUGCCAGACGAAUGCAGUAACUACGAUGCUUGCUGAAGGAAUUCUUGCAACCCUUCCUGCCUACCCUUGGGAACAAUGGUUUACUCUGCUUAACUGCCCCCUGUUCAGGCAGGGGCCUCCAGUGGUAUGUUAAAUUCCAACAGUGAUGACUAUUUGAACAUUACUCCAUAUUCCAGGAUGCGUCUUGCACUGGUUGAAGGUUUAUCAGAGAACAGUUUGUUACAGGUUGGCGCCUCCAUGGAGAAUGGCACUGUGCCCCCUUACUUGCAGGAGAGCUUUGAGGUCCUCAGCACGCCCUUGCAGGUAUUCCUUUCCACCGUGAUUAUUUUCAUCCUCCUGGUGUCUUUUCUGGGGAAUGUGGUGGUCUGUUUGAUGGUCUACCAGCGGGCUGCCAUGCGCUCUGCCAUCAACAUUCUCCUAGCUAGCUUGGCCUUUGCAGACAUGAUGUUGGCCGUGUUGAACAUGCCCUUUGCCCUGGUCAGUGUCAUAGCCACCCACUGGAUCUUCGGGGAGGUUUUCUGCAAGUUGUCCGCUAUGUUCUUCUGGCUCUUCGUCAUUGAAGGAGUGGCUAUCUUGCUUAUCAUCAGCAUUGACCGAUUCCUCAUCAUCGUUCAGAAACAGGACAGAUUGAACCCCUAUAAGGCCAAAGUGCUCAUUGGUAUCUCCUGGGCCUUUUCAUUCUGUUUUUCUUUCCCCCUGGCCCUUGGCAAGCCAGAUCUGCAGAUCCCCUCCAGGGCCCCCCAGUGUGUGUUUGGCUAUACCACAGAGCUAGGCUACCACACCUACGUAGUGCUCAUAAUGCUAGUCUUUUUCUUCAUCCCCUUCAUGGUGAUGCUUUACACCUUCUUGGGCAUCCUGAACACAGUGCGCCACAAUGCCAUUCGAAUCCACAGCCACCCGGACAGCAUCUGCCUGAGUCAAGUUAGCAAGUUGGGCCUCAUGAGUUUGCAGAGACCGUUUCAGAUGAACAUAGACAUGAGCUUCAAGACACGUGCCUUUACAACCAUACUCAUUCUGUUUACAGUGUUUACAGUGUGCUGGGCACCCUUCACUAUCUAUAGCCUGCUUUCCACCUUCAACAGUAGCUUCUACAACAAGGCAAACUUCUUUGAAAUAAGCACAUGGCUGCUCUGGUUAUGCUACCUCAAGUCUGCCCUCAAUCCAUUGAUCUACUACUGGAGGAUCAAGAAGUUUCGGGACGCCUGCCUAGACUUAAUGCCCAAGUACUUUAAGUUCCUACCCCAACUGCCCGGCCACACAAAGAGGCGGAUUCGUCCCAGUGCCAUUUAUGUUUGUGGUGAGCACCGAUCUGUGGUAUAGCUUUAAACUGAAUUAAAAAAAAAGUAACUUUAAACUGCCAAUGCAAAUACUACUUGUUUGUGCAAUGUAAAUUGAUGUAAUGGAAACAUGAUAGUCUUUUUAUACUGAGCAUCAAAAGAAACUUAUCACUUGGAUAAAAUUUAUCAUUUGGAUAAAAUUCACUAGACGUGAUCGAAAAAAUGACAGACUGUUUUAGAGCUGGUGCAGUGACUUUAUUGUGCUGAUUAACAAUUGACAUCACGAAGAUGCUGCAAAAUGAUCUGUCGAUCUUGGGCAGGUGUUGAGACUCUUGGUCUCCUAGUUUGUAGCCUGCCAUUGACAGUGGGUGUCUGGUUAUACCGUCUUGCCAGAUUUGAAAUUGCUGGCUGUGAGCACCCAAGACAACGAGCCACAGUACGCUGCCCUAGUCCAGCCUCCAACAUGCCCAUUGCACGAAGGUGCUGCUCUCUUGCCAGACGUGGCAUAUUAUAUAUACGUACGUUUUUUUUUCUGCAAUUUUUGUUAUUGCUUUUAUUCAAGUUUGCAAUUCAACAGCUGAAAUCACUCCAUAUUCAGUGUCCAAUCAACUGUUUUACUAAUUAGGCAAUUAAAUGCAUAUGCUUCAGUCAGUCAUUCAAGCGAGUCAUGGUCAAGGAUGAACGAUCGAGUGAUUAAAA